AGAAUUAGAGGCUGGCGGGAGUUAAAAAUCCUGAAUUUCAAAGAUUUUAUGGAUCAUUUUAAUAGGGGGGUGCAGUAUUUGAGAUCAGUUCUAGUAUGGUGGAUGUGAAGUAAAAAUAAAGACAAUAUUUGAAAAUAAAUGGUUGAAUGAUUAAUCAACAAACAUGUCUGUAUUAAAGCUGGUUUCUGCAGGAGAAGAUGUGAAAAUCUGGGAUAGUAGAGGCUUUGGUUUGGUGAAAACAUUUGACCCCCAUGAUCAGAAUGUUUCAGCUGUAUGCUGGAGUCACUGUGGUAAAUUUUUAACAAGUUGUUCAGAGAAUGAUGAUAAAAUACCAAUAACUCAUAUACAGAAUACCAGUAAACCUAGUGUAGAAAUAGAUGUAGAGAAAGGAAACCUAUGUGUAGAUUUCAAUUCUAACUCAAGAUAUUUACUGUAUGGUGGAAAUAACUGUAUUGUUAAUGUCUGGGAUCUUAAAUCAAAAAAGUUAAAAAAGUCUUUUAAGGAACAUAAAUCUGCAAUAACAAGCCUGGCAUUUAACUGGAAUGAUGCUUACAUUGCUUCUGGAUCUAGAUCAGGGGAUAUAAUUCUACACAACCUACUGACAGGACAGUCAGGAUCUCCACUACGAGCACCUAAAGUUCAGACAAUAAAACAGAUACAGUAUCAUUAUUUUCGUAAGUCACUGUUCGCUUCAGCAUCAGAUGAUGGAGCUAUAAACCUGUGGGAUGCUAAUACAAGACAAUUAAAACAUUCUUUUAAUGAUAUACAUAAAGCACCAGCUACUGGUUUGGCCUUUUCUCCUAUUAAUGAGAUGUUGUUAAUGAGUGUUGGGUUAGAUAAGAGAAUAGCACUAUAUGAUGUUCAAGGAAAACGGAAUUUGAGAGUGUUAAUGGCAGAUAGCCCAUUGACCUCUAUAGAUGUUAUGGCAGAUGGUGCCACUAUAGCAGUUGGUACAUCCAAGGGUAAAAUACUGGUGUAUGAUAUCAGACAAGGCCCGAAUCCUGUUCACAUGGUUAAUGCCCAUAGUUGUGCUAUAUCUUCACUGUCUUUUCAUCCAAAGUCUGAAAUGAAUAGUGCAGAUGGUAAUAGUUCAGAUUCUAAGAAAAGAGAUUUACCUAAAGCUCCUCAAACAAAACCAACCACCAAAACUAAUGAUACAAAUAGUAAUGUGAUAGCAGCACAAACAACAGUAGAAAGAGCUCAACUUAAACAACACCAGAAUCAAGUAAGAGAUGAUGUCUUCUCACCUGUUAGAGAAAAUAUAGGUUAUGGUUCAGCAUCAUUUACAGAUGAUUCUUGUCAUCAACAAUCAGCUACAACUGUUAAUACAAGUGAUAAUAGUUCUACAGGUGUGUGUGGUGUAUUUUCACCUCUACAAGGUCACCAGACUAGUUUAUCUGGGAAAUUUAGUCUAGGUAACAGUCCAUUAAUAAAUAAUAGUUAUUCUAGUUCUCAGGGAGCUAGUUCAGCAGUAGUUUCACCAACAAAUAAUUCAUCUCAUAUUUUACAUACAGGUGUUAAUGGUCAUUCAGCUGUUAGUAAGGUUGUACAGAAAGGUGUCAGUGCUUCUCCAAGUUUACAUCAGAUAUCAGGUUCUAGUCAUGAUGUAGAUAUAGGAGACAGUAUUAAUUCUGGUGCUAGUAAUGGUAAGAAGGUUAUGUUUACUGAUGGUAGUCCACCAAAUGCAGCAACUGUUCGACAUAUGGUAUCUACAGCUAUAGAUAACUGUAGGCAAGAUUUACGACAAGAAAUACAUGGUGCUUGGCAAGAAUCUUGUUCUCCACAGAAACCAAAAGCAGAAGUGUCAGGAGCAGCUGAUCCAAAUCUAUUUCAGACUGAAUUUACAAGAAAUUUAAUACGAGAAGCCCUGGAAGAUUUUCGUGAAGAAAUUCAUCGUGAUUUAACUAGUCUACAUGUGGAAAUGUUAAGACAAUUUCAAAUACAACAGAAUGAAGUUACAGCAAUGUUACAUCAUCUAUCAGUAAAUAAAGAUCUGUUAGCGGAAGUUGAAGAACUACGUCAAGAAAAUAAGCGUUUGAAAAAAACUUUUUGAUUAAAAGAUGUUGAACAAGUCUUGUGCCACUUUUGAAAUGUACAUGCUAUUCUUCCACCUGGUAUGAUCUUGUGAAACUAAUGCUUGAGGUAGACAUUAUCGAUAUAGUCAACUGUGUAUUGUUUUGAAUCGUAACCCUGCGACAUCCAGAUUUAUACCAUUGUUAUGUCUUUUACAAACAGAUAUUACCAGAAAAAAGUGACAUGGAAUCACAUCUUUGGCUAAUUGUGCAUUUAUUAAAUUGAUGGUACAGUGCUACUAUUAUCUGUACAUUUCUCUGCAUUAUGUUUUCCUAACUUCUCCUUGCUGUGCCUUGAGUGGUUGAACCAAGUCUUGGCAUGUAGGUGCAUUUUCGGUAAUAACAGAUCAAGUUUAAGUUGCAUUUUAGUAAAUCCUCAUUUACUGGGGUUGUGGUCCUUGGCAUUACCAAAACUCUUGAGAUUUAUGUUUCCCCGACUUCUUUUCAUUGUGCUUUGGAAUAUUUAACUGAAACUUGAUGUGGAAACAGAGAUUUGGUAAUAAUGUGUAAGUAUUGUAGUAACAGGUCAAGCGGUGGUUUUGUCAUGUUUACGUACAGGCAUUUGUUUCAAAUUGACAUGACUAGUUUAGAGCGCACAUAUUUAUAGAUAAUCAUCAUGACGUCUAUAAAAUCAUACAUUUAUUAUCACAUGCACCAUUUGUAACCAAUAUUUUAAUUAUAACGAAUAUAUGUUCAUAUUUUCAUCAUGAAGAAAAAAACAGGAACUAACAAAGAACUAAUCAAAUCAACUCUUUUUAAAGACACAUGACCUCUUUGAUUAAAGUCAAAAUAAAAUGGUGAAGAAGUUUGAUCUAAAGACAAUCAUGUUCUAUUUAAAAUUCUACACGAUUGUUUGUAAAGUGGUUUGUUUUUAUUUUUAUGUAGAUGGAUGUCCAUCUAGCAAACAAAAUCAACAAUUUUCAAUCUAAUUAAAAUUUGAUCUUUAUAUCAUUUAGAUUUUAAAUUGCUUGGCCUAGACUACAUGAGAAUUAAUUCUCUAAUUUUUGCCACUGUGGUUUGUUAAAAUGAUUCUUUCCUGCUCUAAAACACCUGUUCAUUGAUUAAGCUAAUGGUCAAGUCUGGUCAAUUGAAAACAAAGAUCGUAAAAUAUGUUGACCAUAUUGUAGUGUAGUGUAUAGAUCAAAAAGAAGCAGUUAAGCAUAAAAGAAACUGAGGCUUCAUUCUUUCUUCUUUUUUUUUUACCUAAUUCAAAGAGAGAGAGAGAAACAGGGUUUUACACUCGACACAAUCUAGGUCAUUUCGGGACUAACACAUUGUUCAAUUUUAUUUCAAUAAUUCGCUUGCGCGAAGGGGUUUUUAGCAGUGGGAGGUAACUGGAAAAAACCCACGAGGUGAGACAGGCGACCCAACUCCUUGUCACGUACAACCGGGGAAUCAAAACCCCGCCAGUUGACUCAAGGACAGACCUUAUGAUACAGAGCGUACGUGCUAACCAUUCUGCCAUCCACCCCUCCCCCCCAAUUCAAAGAGCUUGUGUCUUUAAAUAGAUACAGUUCUUAACAUCUAAUAUAUUACUGUAGAAAGCAUAGUGUGAUAACUGUUGACUUAAUUAUAAUUUACUGUAUGUUGUAUAAUUUUCUGGAUACCAGUAUUCUUAUUUUGAGUAACUGGAACAAAGUUUUACUUUUUUUGUUUUUGAGUUAUUAAAUAUUUGGUAUUACAAUACACAACAAAAUUUACAAGAAAUUAAUGUUUAUUCUUGCAUGCUUAUGCAAAAUUAACCUUUGUCAGACUGUAGCCUUAUUAUUUUUGACAGAACAAACUUUUAUUACAACAUUUUCUCCACAGAAAUUAAAUUGUAUAUACAUUGUACAUGUAUAUUGUUCAUUAUCAUAUUGUUAAUAAAUCUGAUCAUAUAUCGUAUUAUGUAUAUUGUUAAAUAUCAUAUUGUUAAUAAACCUUAAAACCUGA